AUGAAAAUAUAUCCAACACUUGUUAUAGAGCCACGCGAGCCCUCUUUACUGACACCAACUCUACGGUUCGGUAAACGCGCUCGCUUCUUCACAUCGCUGGAAAACGUAUCAGCUGAUGACCCAGAAGAACAGAAAAGAGAAGCAUCCGAGCGUUGGAUAGCCCGUCACUUCCGCCGUAAAGGCGCAGAACCGCCGCCGCGUACCCAUUAUGAAAUCUGGACUGAUGGCUCCGUAUUUCUCGGAGUAAAAUCUGGAGCAGCAGCAAUGAUAUACAAAGAUGGUGAACUGCUCUGUACCACACAUAGAGGCGCUGGCCCCCUAGCCUGCAGCUACACAGCUGAAUCCGUAGCGCUAUACGAAGGUUUACGGAGACUCCUCAAAAUAAUUCCCGCAAAUAAUCCAACGCCAUGCAGGGUCUCCAUUUUCACGGACUCACUGUCGCUUCUCACGGCACUGGAAACAGGCCCACUGACCGUAAAAGACCCAUUACUACGCCUCCUGUGGAAACUGAUCCUUCAAGUGCAACGUCGCAAGGCCCGUAUACGACUACAAUUUAUCUUUGGCCACUGCGGUGUAGUAAAAAAUGAAAAAUGCGACACAGAAGCUUAA